AUGCCGUGGGACGGCCGAGACAAGACGCAGCACACGGCAGAUGCAACGCACCCCAAACACAGCGAUCCAUAUCGCUUCGUACCCGCAGAAGACUUCUUUGAGAAGUUUGCAGCAAAACGCCAACCUACUUCGGUUGCAUACAGGCCCGAAGACCAACUCACGGAAGAGAAAACAAGAAACUCAAUCAGUUCUCACGGCCGCAUUUUCCGGUUGAACAGCGAUGCCGUGUUGCUUGUUCACUUCAUCCGCCCUCUCGUGUGGAAAAUCCAGUUCAACCCCGGUUGCACGCAAGGAUCGAGCUUCACGGACUGGAACACGCGGACGAUGCUCGAGGACAGGCUGUCCAAGACGAUCCGAGUCUUGGAUGCCGCCGAGGACAUCAUCUGGGACGUCGAGUUCGAUCCCACCCACGUCAACCACUUCAUCCUCCGAUCCGUGGUGGUGCUGAAAGGGAAACGCCUGCCUGUCGUCGAACUGUGGAUCCAACGGAGCCCUUUUCAGAUCACAGCAGUCCGGACCAUCAAAGCCGCUUCGAUUACUGGACCCCCGAGGAUCCCGGUGGAUAUCCCUGGACAUUCCGGGAGGGCCAUCAUCUGGCAGACCACCGAGAACCCAUUGAAAUACGACGAGCGCGCGACGAUCUUGUCCGUGGAAAAGCACCCGCAGGCAAAGUACAUGGGCUUUGGGGGGCAGGGUGGGGGCAAGCUAUUCAAGGACAAAGUCUACAUGAACUACUUCAAUUUCGACAACAUGCGCUACAACAACAUCUACGCCAAAGGCCCGGAAGAGGCCGCGGAGCCGCUGUACCACUCGGAGCCGUUCUGGAUAGAAAUCAACCGGCACCCGGGCUACGCGUCGCAGGUGGCGAGCUUCGUGGACAACUACUCGCACGUCUGCCUCGACAUCGGCAAGACGGACGGGCGCGCGUUCCGCAUCGGCACCCGGUUCGACGGCUUCCAGGCCCUCUUCCUGGCCGGCAACACCACGCCCGACAUCACGCGGCUGUACGGCUCGCUCGUCGGCAAGCCCCGGCUGAUGCCGCGGUACGUGCUCGGCCACCACCAGGGCUGCUACGGCUACGACCGCCAGUGGAAGGUCGAGGAGGCGGCGCGCCGGUACCGCGAGCACGGCUUCCCCCUCGACGGCAUGCACAUCGACGUCGACCUGCAGCGCGGCUACCGCACCUUCACCAUCGACCGCGCCCGCUUCCCCGCGCCGGAGCGCAUGUUCGCCGAGCUGCGCGCGCACGGCGUGCGCUGCAGCACCAACAUCACGCCCGUCGUCCGCUGCACGCCCGACGACGAGUACGCGGCCCUGAACUCGGGCCUCGCGGGCGGCCACUUCGUGCUCGACCGGCGGCUGCUCGACCCCGCGGCGCCGACCUGCCGCGACCAGCGGUACCAGCAGUACGGCAACGCGGACCUGUACUUCACGGACCCGAACGACGACGCCCCCAGCGGCGGCCCGCGGCCGUACCCGGACGGCUACAGCUUCGCGGCGCACUUCAACGCCGGCGUGCCGUUCCACGGCGGCGUGUCGUACGGCGAGGGCCAGGGCGCGCCGGGCCACUAUCCGAACCUCAACGCGCGGCGCACGCGCGAGUGGUGGGGGCGGCAGUACGCGGCCCUGUUCGACGCCGGGCUCGAGUUCGUGUGGCAGGACAUGACGUCGCCGUGCAUGGGCGAGGCGUACGGCGACAUGAAGUCGUGGCCGUUCAGGCUGCUGCUCGACGCCGACGCCCGGCCGGGCGAGCAGAAGCAGAAUAUCAGGCGGCGGAGGAGCAGCGUGGCGGCGGCGGCGGCGGCGGGGCGGGAAGGUGGCGGCGCUGGCGUGGGCGACGACGACGACGACGAGGGGAGCAAUACUGUUCCAAAGGACGACGACGGCGUGGCCUGCAUGAAGACGGCCAUGGAGCUGUGGUCGCUGUACAGCCUCAACCUGCACAAGGCCACGUUCAACGGGCUGAAGCGGCUGGACGCGCGCCGGGGGAAGCGCAACUUCAUCAUCGGCCGGGGCAGCUUCGCCGGCGCCCAGCGCUACGCCGGCCUGUGGACCGGCGACAACGCCUCCACCUGGGAGUUCCUGCGCGUCUCCGUCGUCCAGGUCCUGUCGCUGGGCAUGUCCGGCAUGACCGUGGCGGGCGCCGACGUGGGAGGGUUUGAGCUCGCGUACGGCGAGUCCGACUUCGCCGACCCGGAGCUGCUGAUCCGCUGGUACUGCGCAAACAGUCUCCUCCCCUGGUUCCGAAACCACUACAGCGGAAGGCACGAGCCUUUCGAGGACAACCCCAGCCUCGUGCGAGACGCGGACAAGAAGCUCUUCCAGGAACCGUACCGAUACGCAGAGUACUACCGCGAGCACGAAGCCCGCAUCCCGGAAGGGCAGAGGCGCGCGUUCGCGGCCGUCCUCCCCGCGUGCCGGUACGUGGUGCGGCUGCGGUACAGCCUGCUGCAGCUGCUGUACGACGCCAUGUUCGAGAGCACCAUCACCGGCCUGCCCAUCGCGCGCGCCGUCGUCACCACCGACGCCGCCGGCGACGCCUCGCUGCUCGCCGAGAACGAGCGCUUCGCCGAGACCCAGUACCUGGCCGGCAACGACGUCCUCGUCGCCCCUUUGCUGCACCGCGAGGAGCCGGGCGGCCGCUCGCGCCGCGAGAUAUACCUCCCCUCGACGAACUCUUGGUAUCCGAUGAACCUCCGCCCGUACGGCGACGGCGACGACGGCGGCAGCAGCAGCAGCAGCAGCAUCGGCGAGCCGCUGCAGCCCAAGGUCGCGGGCGGCACGCACGUCGACUACGACUGCCGCAUCAGCGCCGACGAGCGCCAGCUGCCCUUCAUCUGCCCCAUGUACGUCCGUGAGGGCGCCAUCAUCCCCCAGAUCCAAGUCCGCCAAUCCGUCCCCGACCGCACGCGAGAGCAGCAGCAACAACAGCCGGCGAACCCCGUCACCAUCAACGUCUAUCCCGGUCGAGCCAACGACAACACCACCGUCGCCAACGGCAAAGGCCAGUACACGUACAAAAUGUACCUCGACGACGGCGUCUCGCGCGACAGCGCGCCCGACGGGACGUACCUGGCGACGCUGCCGCGCCACCUCGCCGUGCGGCCGUCGAGUCAUCACCAUCACCACCACCACCACCACCACCACCGCGCGCAGCACGGCCACAACGACGACGUGGAGGCGAGGAGCAACUUCCGUCGGGUGGACGUGACGCAGCGGAUUACGGACGACGACGACGACAAUGACAACGGUACCGCCGACGGUGCCGCCGCCGUGAGCACGGUUCGGCAGAGGCGGACGAUUACCGUGUCGACGGGGUGGGAUGCGGGGACGCGGCUGCUGCAGGUGCCGGAGGAGGAGCGGUACGGCGACGAGAAGGUGAAGAGGGACGUGGGGCCGCGGUACAGGGUUGUGAUAUGGCACGAGGACGGGACGAGGAUGGAGCAUGUGUGCGUCGAGGUCGUGGGGGAGGAAGAGGGGGGCACCGCGCGGCAGGUCGAGGUCGAUGAGGCGAGGAGGGCGACGAUCGUGUGGGUGCCUGUGGACGCUGCUGCGCAGACGACCAUCGAGGUGAGUUACGGAGGGGUAUAG